AUGAAUAAUUACAGAAAAGAUGAUGUGGAGCGAGAACUGGAGGAAUUUCAAGAAAACUCCCAGAUGCUGGAGAAGGAAUUGGAGGCGUCCUUGGAGCAGGCGGAAAAAACAAUCCGAGAACUGCAACAAAGAAAUUCGAGGCUCAGCAAUGAAGUAGAUCAAUUAAGAAUCCGACAAGAUCAACAAUCUUCCGACUGUGCCAUGUUCCAGACACAAGCUCAAGAACUACAGGCUCUCCAGGAACAGCAGCUCAAAUAUAUCCGAGAAUUAGAACAAAAGAAUGACGAUUUGGAAAGGGCUCACAGAAUCACGAAAGCAACCGAGGAAGAAAUAGAAGCCAAAUUUAACCUGGAAAUAGAAAAGAACGCGUUACUCGAAUCCGAACUAGACGAAAAGGACGGCUUGAAAGUCAUAGUGCAAAGACUGAUGGACGAAAUAAGAGAUCUGAAGCAAGAAAUUCAAGUUCAGGAACGACGUCAGCCGGACAACGACAAGACGGCUGAUCGAAUUCGAAAUAUCGUCGACAGUAACAAACUUCAGGUUGAAUUGGGGUCGCAUACGCCGCCCUCAAGUCCGGUUGCGCCUCCAAAUAUAACGCCAGUCAACUCGAUAACGCCGCAAACUAAGAUUGCAAAUGGCGUGGGGGGAGUGAUUGGCAACAACAAUAAUAACAACAUGAACCCCCCAUUGGCACCUUGCACGAGAAUACUUGCCAUGAACAUGAUUGGUGACCUCAUGAGAAAAGUCGGGGCCCUGGAGAAUAAACUGAACACCUGUCGCAAUGCUUCUCGAGAAGAUCAAGCAGUUCGAGAUCUCUACAGGACAAGAAGGCAGGUGCGAAGUUUAGCUACAGGCAACAACAACCACAUUCGAUUGUAAAUCGUCUUCGGAUCAAUUUUAAGCUGUACUGAAUCUUAGAUUAGAUUUGACGCGGUUGAAAUGCGAGCGAGAAAAUUUUGCGAUGUAGGUCGUGAACCCUUGGACUGUCAAAUUUUAUUUUUUUCAAAAAGAGUCGGGAGACCCAUUCAAGAAGUGAAAAUUACAGCUGGAAAUGACGAUCUUCUUGUAAAAAGAAACAUUUGUAUUUAUUCCUAGAUUCUAUAUUUAUAGUAUAUCUAUUUCCAAACUCUUGCAAUAUCGUAUUUUAAUAGCGACUCAAAUUCUUCCUUGCAGAAAGAAUUUGUUCGAUUUUAUAUUAAAACAUAUUAUUGACAAAAAUGAAGGAAUCAAACGAGAAAUGUUACAAUCAAUAUUUCAAGUUAUUGAACUUUUUCGACUCUCCUCGUUAAUCUUUCAACUAUGCGUUUUGUCUCUGCAAGGGUGAAUUUCGUUUUAGAUCAAUUCAGAGUUAGAUUUUUAUAGUCAAAUGCCAUCAUUCUGCUCUGUGAGAUUUUUAGUAAUUUUAUUUUUUUAACUUUUCUAAUUUCUGUGAAUUGUCUAUAUUUUUCGAUAUCUUGUGAACGAUCAUUUUUUUCUGUAAUAGAAUUUUAAUUUUGUUUUUCAAUUUUAAAUUAUAUUUGCAAUUUUAACCGGUUUUAAUUUCGACUUUUCUGAUUUUUAAUCACUUGUGUGAAUUUUAUGAAACUUUGGACAGAUCGCGAAUGACUAGGAUUUUUGUAAAUACAUUUAUGAGUGUUAAUUUAUAACAGCCUAGAAAUUUGUAAAUUGCGUUAGCCUUAUUUUUUUCUGUGUUGUAGAUAUUUAUAUGGCGUCCAGUGAAUUAGGUGUUGAAUUAAUUUUCUAAGAACGUUUUGUAAAACAUAAUUGAAAUGCAGAUUAGCACACUUUUAGAUUCACUCUUCGAGUCUGAAAACGAACAGGAAUUUUGUAAUGGCGCAUAAUCAAGAGGAUUUAAUAAUUAAAUAAAUAACUGAAGACACUUAUUCAGAAACGAAGAAAGAAAACUGAGUAUUUUACAAAAGAAUGACUUAAUAUUUUCUAAUCCUGAAAGCUCUUAAAAAAAGAAAUGAGAAUAGCAAGUAAGUUUCUUCGAUUCUGGUUUUAAGGCAUGAAACCAUUUGUGCGUGUUUUUCGAUCAAGCAAAUAUUUUCAUUGUACUGCCUGAAGUUUAAAGAAUAUUGUGCGUCAGUGAAAAACUACGAUUUUUAUAUGCAAAACGAUGUUGUGUAGGUCGAAGAAAAUGGUGAGGGAUAUUUUAAUACGAAGCUUAGGUCUGGGUGAUUUUUUUCAGUAAAAUUCCGAUUUUCAUAGAAACUUUAAACAUCCCAGGAUAUAUUCCAUUUAUUUUGAAUUAUUUUUCUCUAAAAUUUUUACUUUGCGAAAAUGAGCAUUUUCCAGAAAAAAAACUAAAUGUCUAAUUCAUGGAAAUUUCAUGUUUUCAUCUAGAGAUUCACACCCGUUACUCAAUCUAACAACACUAUAUUUAUAAUGACCUAUAAACUAUAUUCAAGUGAAAAAAAUAUCUUGAUAUUUCCCACUGUAAUCGAAACCUAGAUCAGUUUUUUUACCAUUUAACAUUUUUUUUAAAUAUCCAGUUUCGAUUAAAACUAAAGUUAGGAAUUUCCAAAAUAGUCUAGAAAUUCCAUUAAAUGAGUUCUGAAAAUAUAUUAUUUAAGUCAGUAUUUCUGGUACCUUAUUUAAAUAAAAAUUGCAUAGUCAGUAAUAAAAUUUUGGCUUGAUUUGAUAUCGAGUCUUUUUUUUUACUACUCCAGAAUACCUCAUGUAUACUCAAAAUUGUGCAAGAUUUGGACUACUGGCUCUGCUAAAUAUUAAAUCGUAGUAGCUAAAUUGUGAUAUAAUCUACACUAAAUCUAGUGGCAUUAAUUUCCAUUAAUAUCUCUGUAGAAAAUGUUGCAACAUUUAACAAGUUGCUCUAGCUGUAUAUUGCGUUGGAUCAUGUAUAGAAUAAAACCGAUAAAAGUA